GUCAUCCAUAAGCUUGGUCCGGCUUCUGUCUGUCAUGCGCGUGAAAGGAAAGGAAGGACAUGACCGGGGGGUUUAUUUUCCACUGACCACAUAAACGAGUUCCUUAAACUGUACCAAUUGCCAAAGAGUUUGGAUUUCUAUGUACGGCUUUAGCGGGACGUUAAAUCUGACAUCUAGGAGAAGCUGUGGCUAGCGAGCCGAGCAGCUAGCUUUUUAACUUGCUGUUUAAAAGGAGCAACAUUAGCCCACAGAGCAUGGCGUUAAUCCUGUUUACGAGGUCCCGGACACCUUUAAUGAAAACGUCCCGGUCGUUAAAGAACGAAUUCCGGAAAGGUAAGCUACAGGAUGUUGCCUGUUUCAACUGCACAACUCUCAGACUCACCAGUCAAAAGCUUGAUGGGCUCCAAUUUGGCAGCUUGGCCCGUGUCUUCUCAGUCAGUCCUUCCUUUCCCAUGUCUGAUGAAUAUCUGGGACCCAGUCAGAAUUUAGACCCACGACAACCCCAUUGUGCAUUUGGUUCCUCACGACCUGCCUGGUGUACGAUAGGACCGCCACAGUACUACCCGGGUGUCAGGUGGAUACACACUUCAAGGAGAAGAUGGGAUGACUCAAAGGUGGAAAAAUCCUUGCGCUCAUUGAAAGACAAGAAAAAGAAGCUGGAGGAAGGAGGGCCUGUGUACAGUCCCACCCUGGACGCUGACCCAGUUAGAAGAACGCUCCGGCAGUGGGUUACUGAUGAAAUCAAGCACUACUACCAUGGCUUCAGGUUGCUGUGGAUUGACACCACCAUCGCUGGGCGCAUGCUGUGGAGGGUCCUGAAUGGGAAUCCUCUGUCUCGCCGUGAAAGGAGACAGUUUCUCAGAACGUGUGCAGAUGUCUUCAGACUGCUGCCUUUCCUGGUGUUCAUCAUCGUCCCAUUCAUGGAGUUCCUUCUUCCAGUGGCACUGAAACUGUUCCCCAACAUGCUGCCUUCCACCUUUGAAACACAGUCAAAGAAGGAGGAGAGAUUAAAAAAGGAGCUCAGAGUCAAACUGGAGAUGGCCAAGUUCUUACAGGACACCGUUGAAGAGAUUGCACUGAGGAACAAGGCUGCCCAGGGCAAUGUGACCGAGGAGUUCUCCACCUUCUUCCAAAAGAUCCGGGACUCUGGGGAACGUCCCAGCAAUGAACAGAUCUUAAAAUUCUCCAAACUGUUUGAGGAUGAGCUGACUCUGGACAACCUGACUCGACCUCAGCUGGUGGCACUCUGUCGUCUCCUGGAGCUGCAGUCCAUUGGAACCAACAACUUCCUCCGCUUUCAGCUCAUCAUGAAGCUCAGGGCCAUCCGUGCAGAUGACAAGCUAAUAGCAGAAGAGGGAGUGGAAAGUCUGAGCGUGAACGAGGUGCAGGCAGCCUGUCGUGUUCGAGGGAUGAGAUCUCUUGGAGUCACAGAGGAACGACUGAGAGAGCAACUCAGCCAGUGGUUGGAGCUGCAUCUGAACCAACAGAUCCCCACGUCGCUGCUGCUUUUGUCUCGAGCCAUGUACCUCCCUGACACUCUGUCUCCGGCUGACCAGCUCAAAACUACACUGCAAACCCUUCCUGAAAUAAUGACCAAAGAGGCUCAGUUAAAGGUGGCUGAAAUGGAGCUCUCUAAGGUGGACAAUAAGACCAAAGUGGAGACGAUGCUGCAGGAGGAGGCAGCGAUCCGCCAGGACACCAAAGACCGGGAGAUGGAGAGGCUGGCUGAUGCUGCAGAGAAGGCCGCUAGGGAGGAUGAGUUGGAGCUUGAAGCCAGUGGGGUGAAGCAGAGCGAGGCAGAGGCAUCACUUCAGGCUAACAGAUCAACUCAUUCAGAGACACUGAAGGAUACAGCUCCUGUUAUUGAGGGAAACAAGGAUGAGGAGAUAACCAAAGAAGAGAUUGACCUUCUGAGUGAUGCCUGCUCUAAACUCAAGGAGCAGAAGAAACUGCUUACUCUGGAGAAAGAGGAACUUGAGGAGUUGAAGGAUGAUGUCCAGGAGUACAACGAGGAUCUGGAGGAGAUAAAAAAGGAGUUUUCUAAGACCGGUCAAGAGAAGGCCUUAGAAGAAUCGAAGGCCAGCAAGCGCCUGUCAAAGAGAGUCACCCGCAUGAUCGGUCGCAUCGAUAAAAUCAUUGUGGAGCUGGAGAACGACAAAAUCAUCCUGGACGGACAGGUGGACAGUGGAGCCACUCCGCCUGUUGGAUUAUUCCUUACUAAAUAUAGCGAUGCUGCAAGUCUGUUCUACACCUUCAGGGAGAACCUGAUUGGCAUCGACGAGCUCAUCAACGUCAUGCGGCAGAUCCAGAACAUUCCAGAGGACAAGCUGCAGAGGAUGGCAGAAGCCCUGGAUGACAACAAAGAUGGAAAGAUCGACAUUGACGACGUCAUUAAAGUGGUGGAACUGAUUGACAAAGAGGACAUCGACAUCUCUACUUCGCAGGUGGCGGACAUCAUGGUCAUGCUGCAGAAGGAAGAGAGGCUGAUGGAGAAGGAGAAGGCCAAAGAGAAAGCUGAAAAGGAGCAGGCAGCCAAACUCAACAGCUAACUCGUCCUCCCUCAAAGGCACAGAGAGCAAUUGUAAAAAGGCCAUAGAGUAGUUUAAUCUGGUACCGGUUUUCAGAAUCAUUCAGACAAGUCAAGGGAGAAUUACAAGGUAACAGCUGCCUUGUGAAAAUAACUGGUAAAUGGAAAAUAUCAAAAAGAAGGCCCACAUUUUAAUGUACAGAAUGAAUUUGAAGCGGAAUUAUUAUAUAAAACUCUUUGGAGUGAUCCUAUGUGUUAUGUGGAUACUUGAGUUUGUGUAUUUUUAUCUAAUUUAUUGCUACAGGGAACACAGUGACAUGGAACCAUGGUUGCUUUACAAACUGAAAGCUUUAAGGAGAAAUUUGAUCAAAAAUCUGUUUUUGAAAUUGUUUUAUGGGUUGUGGUAUUUUAGGUUUCGGUUGAAACAGCUUGCCUUCUCAUUUCUGUCAUGUCACCUCGACAGCAUUUCUGGGCUUUCACAGUAAAUAUUAUAAUCAUUA